GAGCAUCCUCCUCCCUCCUCCUCCCCACAUCUGGCGGGCACGAGGCGGCGUGGGGACGGGGCGAGGCGUGGCCAGGCGGGGAGCGCUUUGCAGGAGCCCCCGCACCUCUCCGGAGCCCGGGAAGCAGCCAAGAGGCGCCCCCUCCUCCCGGGUAGGGCUUCAGCAGCAUCAUCAUCAUCUUCAUCCUUCGCAAGCGGCCAGCCCCGGUCCAGCCUCCCCCCUCCCUCCGAGAUGGAUGCUGUUCGCAAGCAGGCGAUGCCCGAUCUCCUCUUGCUCCUGCUGGCCGGUGAGUCCGGGGGGGGGGGGGCGCAGAGCCGCUUGGACUUCCUUUCCUUGGGGGGGGGGGAGAAGCUUUUGCUGGGCCUGGUGGGUCGGAAGGAGAAGGGUGGGGGUCUGUGGGGAGGGGCUGGGGGCGGCUCGAUUGCGCGCGCCCCUUCCCGCCCUUGGCAAGGCAGCCCAAGCCUUCAUUGUUGCAUCCUCAGCCAGAAACGGCGCGCGCAGGGACUGGGUGGGUGGGGGCCCCCUCAACUGGUCCCCCCCCCCGGUUCUGCUUGCAAAAAGAGGGUGGUUUGCAAUCCUGCUUUCCUUAUGAGCGCCGCCCUCGAAGACUUUGAUCUCGCCAGGCAUUGCGGGGAGCGGAGCGCGGAGACUCCCCUUUGCAUUUUAUGCUGGGGGGGCUGGGGCGAAAUCUUGUGCAAUUUCUCGUGCAUUCUGGUAAAGAAGUCGGGGGGCGCGCGGGGGCGUUGUUAGUGGCGUGGCUGCAUCCGAUUUCAUUUUCUGUCUCUUUAUCUCCACCCCCCCCGCCAAGUACAAAGCGUCUUGUCUUGGAACAGCAGAAAUGCCAUUUAUUUUCCUUUGACACAUUUCAAGGCUCCUAGAAAAAAGAUCUUUCCAUCCAGGCCUGACUCAGCCAGGCUGCGAGGUUUCGGUUUUUGUUGAAUGGAACCGGAAAAAAAAGGGGGGGGGGAGAGAGAGCUAGAAGCAUUUACUGGCUUGGAAGGUUUUCAGGAGACGGGGGUGCAGAAUGUGGUUCCUAUCAGCCUUUUGGUGGGUUUUGGGAAUUGCUGGCCUGCCAGGAUUUUGCAAACGCCUCUCCCAGACCUGCUUGACUGACGCCCGCCGCCCUCCCCAGCCGCCUGAUAAACCCCCAACCUAAUCUAGGAGUUUUGGAGGGACAUCUGGCAGGAUUUGGAGGAGGGGGGGUGGACAGAUGGAAAGAGAAAGGGGGGGUUCUGCUUGGCAAAAUGCGCAGGAGGGGGCGGGGAAGACUCAGGUUCUGUCAGCUCGCUCAGCAAAUAUGAUUAUUAAUAACAAUUAUCUUGUAAUUUAUGAACUGCUUUUCGCACUAAGAUCCCUGGGGUUUUUUUGGGGGGGGGGGUUGCAACGAUUCCAGAACAACCAGUUCUGGGCGCCCCAAUUUAAAAAGGACAUGGACAAGCUGGAAAAUAAGAAUGCAAGAAGAGGUUGCUGGAUGAGGCCAGUGGCCCCCCCCCCCAGCUCAGCAUCCUCUUCUCACAGUAGCUGAACAGUUCGUAGAAUUGUAGAGUUGGAAAGGACCCCCAGAGUCAUCUAGACCACCCCCCUGCAGUCCUGUGGGAAGCCAGCGAGUAGGAUUGGAGCACCAAAACGCCCUUCCCUCCGGCUGUUUCCAGUGGCUGUCAUCCAGAAAAAUUGCUGCCUCUGCCUUUGGAGGCUGAGUAUUGUGGCUAGUGGUCCUCAAUAGCCCUCUCCUCCUCCGUGAAUUUCUCUCCUAAUCCUCUUUCAAAGCCACCAUUGCCUCCUGUGGGAUUCUAGGAAUAGAGUGGCAUUGGAACCAGGGUGCGGGUUUAAUAGAUUUAAUAGAUUUAGAGACCCUUAUCCUGAUGGGGUGGUGCUGUGGGUUAAACCACUGAGCCUAGGGCUUGCUGAUCAGAAGGUAGGCGGUUCGAAUCCCCGCGAUGGGGUGAGCUCCUGUUGCUCCUGCCAACCUAGCAGUUCGAAAGCGUGUCAAAGUGCAAGUAGAUAAAUAGGUACCACUCCGGCGGGAAGGUAAACGGCGUUUCCGUGCGCUGCUCUGGUUCACCAGAGUCAUGCUGUCCACAUGACCCGGAAGCUGUACCUGGCUCCCUCGGCCAGGAAAGCGAGAUGAGCGCCGCAACCCCAGAGUUGGGCACAACUGGACCUAAUGGUCAGGGGUCCCUUUUCCUUUACCUAUUAUCAAGAUGAUCAAGGGUCUGGGAACGAUGCCUCAUGAAGAAUGGUUGAGGGAGGCUCAGAAAUCCCCAACCCCCGCCCUGGCCCAAAUCUCCAUUUCUAGCCUCUACCCUGACACUGCUUCUCAUCAUCUUAAAAAUCCUUAUUCACACCAACCCUGAAAAAAGUAUUGCAUGCCUAUAUUAUUUAUUUAUUGCAUAGUAUUUACGCAGCUCUUUGUUGUGAAACCUCAACAACCUCAUAGUAGUUCACAAAAAUCAAUGGUUCCCCCCCAAAAAAAAACACUAUAGAGUACUUUAAAAUGUGCAAAAAAUUAAAAUUCUAAAACAGAUUAAAAUUAGCACCAGCAUUUCUCUGGGCAGGCUUGACUAAGCAAGAAUGUUUUUAGCGUGUGCCAAAAAGAUUCGUUGAAGGUGCCUGUCUGCCUGAUAUCAAUAGGCAGGGAGUUCCAAAGUGUGUCUUAUGGGAAGGAAAGAGAGACAGGGCUGCCAGAUUUCCUGGCUUGCAGCAACUCAGCUGCUAAAUAAGAUUCUUAUUUAGUUAUUUAUCCUGAGCCAUUAAUGUGCACUGCUCUUCACAGGAAUAAUUCCUCAUGGACCACUUUCUUCCUGUCACCGACUGGGGCUCUUGCAAAAAUUCUUUAUGUACAGUGAAUUUUAUCCACAGUAGAGAACAAGCAAAAAGAGAGGUCUCUGCCCUGAGGUGCUUCCAAUUUAAGGGUGGGGAGGAGAGGCAGCAGGAGGAGAUGAAAGAAAGAAUCACUAGGGGAGGGGGAGAGAGGAGUCCCGUUAUUCUGUUGCAGAAAUUUGUCAUUAAAAGGUCGUGUGACAGCUUGGAAUGGCUGCAGGAGGAAGCUGUCAGUCAGGGCCAGCCCUGGAAUCAGAUGCAAGUCACGAGGCGGCCUGGGGGGCAGUGCCCCAUUGCCCCAUGAGCCAGCUCCCCCUAUUUGCAUCUAUCUACAUAUAUGCAAAGCAGCAGAUGCAAAGCUGAGGCAAAUUGGUGCCACUGGAUUCCUUGCAGAGGCUUUCGAUUUAUAGAUUUGGAAAAAAGUACUGUACCUAGCAACAGCUCACGUUUCCUUUCCUUAUUUCCACAAGCAGACAUUUCCUGGGGAGUUGCAGCCUGUUUAUUUAUAAAUGGCAUUUCUGUCCCACCUUCCCGCCCCCAAGAACCCCAAGUGGUGCCAACGGUUCUCUCCCUGCCUCCUCAUUUAAUCUGCACGACAACCCUGCGAGGUGGGUGAGGCUGCGAAAGGCAGGUCACACUCCGAGAGAGCAGGGAUCCCUACCCUCGUCUCUCCCAGAUCCUGGCCUGAUACCCUGACCACUGGGCCACGCUGCCUCUUAAUAAACCCGAGGACGGCCUCUUCCUUUCAUGCCCUGUCUGCUUUGCAGUCUGGAGUCACGCUGGGGUCUGCGGUGCCUGGGAGGGGAGGGGACUGAGGUGGGCUGACCUAGAUCUUGCCUGCUGCCCACGUGGUGCCCCAGAAGUGGGUCUCUGCCUUUGCAACUCCUCUCCAGAGAAGAAGGCAGUUUUGUUGUUCUCCUUGGCCUGCUGCUGCUGCUGCUGUUUGUCUCCUUUGCUGUGCUUGUGCAUAAUCACGUGCAGAGUUCUGCGACCAUCGCCUUGUGCAUCCAGGAGCAGGAACCGUCAGGAAACGCUCUUGCUCCUGUUAACAGAGAAAUCUGAGGGCUCCCUUGGACAAAAAACAAGGACACCAGCCAGGAAAAUUGGAGCAAAACAGCAGCCAGUAGGCUUGGUCUUUCUUGAAGACUGUCGCGACAGGACUCCCACCUGCCACAAGAUGGAAGCCCCAAACAAAAGAGCCCCCAAACUUUUAUUAGCUGCUAAUCCCCAUGUUACACCCCCCACAAACUACAUCACGGUUACAUCACAAAAGGAGAGGUCUGGUGGCCGUAAUCUGAGCAUCCUGGACCCUGCCCCAUGGUUCCCCUUGCCCUCCACCAAACACCCAUCAAGUGGAACAAAAGAGAUCUUUACAUUUCCCUCUUUCCCAGCCACGUUAAUCCCACCCUUUGGUCUUCAUCUGGGUUGGUUAUUCCUGGACUGGCUACCUGUCUGGCACUCAGGUAUCAGGAUGCCAGGGAUUAUCCCUCAGGCAGAGGGGCUACUGAGGAGCUGAGCUCACCUGUCUAUAGGAUUUUCUGAAGUUUUCCCAGUGAGCCAGUACAGAGACACAUUUAUCAGUGAAUUCUUACAUUUGGUAUCGUGCAGCAAAGGCCCUUUGAAUAGAUAGGAAGAAACUGUGAUGAAGCGUUUUGUGGGGACAAAUCACAAAAGUCACAAAAGUGAUUGUGCUGAUUCUGGUAGUGGGCUGCAUGUGCAUGAGAUCUGCUGGAGGGGCACCCCCCCAAACCUAUACAUAAAUUCCUGCAACACUCCCAAUCCACGGCCUGGAGAUUUCUGUAAUCAACAGGCUGAUUUGUUUGUUGCCGGGAAGAGAAUCCUCUUGCCCCAGUUGCCAGGGGGAGGGAAGGAGCCCCAUCCCCUCUGGGACAGCCCUUCCCCGCCUCUGGGUUCCCCAGCAGACUCAUUUGGCUUAAUGAGUCUGUUAUGGAAUUAAGGGCCGGUUGGUAUUUUUCUCUCUCUCCUCCCGGCUUGGGGAGACUGGACCUGAUUCCCAGCUGAGCUGAAUUGCAGAGAACUGCUUUUGUUUUCCAGCUCUUGAAAAUUAUUCCGCACACUGAGGUCCUCUUGAACACCCCACAUUCACCGAGUGAGAUCGGGGUGUCAUAUUUUAACAUGCUCUUUCCCACAUAAACUACGGGACAAGGAUAACUCUGACUUUAAACAUGAAUGGGAACCUUUUACAAAGUACCGUAUUUCGCUCUAUAAGAUGCACCAGACCACAAGACGCACCUAGUUUUUGGAGGAGGAAAACAAGAAGAAAAAAUAUUCUGAAUCUCAGAAGCCAGAACAGCGAGAGGGAUUGCUGCAAUCCCUCUUGCUGUUCUGGCUUCUGGGAUAGCUGUGCAGCCUGCAUUCGCUCCAUAAGACGCACACACAUUCCCCCUUACUUACUAGGAGGGGAAAGGUGCGGCUUAUAGAGCGAAAAAUACGGUACUUAAAGAUGCAACAAAGUGAAUUGGACUUUUUAUUGAUAACAGCUAGACAAAUUAAGGAUCUAUACAAAUCUGUAACAUGCAGAGAAUAGCAUUCAUAGAGAAACCAGAGACUGGGACUGAGGGAAGUCGGGGGUGGGGAGGUGGGUUGUUUUAUGGGAGGGAGGGGGGGAAAUGGGGGUGGGAAUUAAGGAUGAUAUGUUUUAAGAUACAGUGGUACCUUGGGUUACAUACGCUUCAGGUUACACACUCCACUAACACAGAAAUAGUGCUUCAGGUUAAGAACUUUGCUUCAGGAUGAGAACAGAAAUUGUGUGGCGGCGGCAGCACGAGGCCCCAUUAGCUAAAGCGGUGCUUCAGGUUAAGAACAGUUUCAGGUUAAGAACAGACCUCUGGAGCGAAUUAAGUACUUAACCCGAGGUACCACUGUAACAUGUUUUGUUUAAAUUUGUAAUAACAAAAUUACCGGUAUUUUAAAAAACCAUGCUCUUUCCAGUGCAUCUUCCGGGCGGGGGGGGUUUUUCGAUGCCCAGCCUUAACCCACUACAACGCCCCCCACCCCCGCUUACAUUCACAGAAGUGUGGGGAUGGAAGGGAGACCCCAAGCGCCAUCUAGUCCGAGCUCAACAUGAGCCAGUAGUGUGAUGAAGCAGCAAAAAAGGCCAAGGCUAUUCUAGGCCAGAUCAAUGGAAGUGAUAGCACUGCUCUAGUCUGCCUUGGCCAGACCCGACCUGGAAUCCAGGGUCCAGUUCUGGGCGCCCCAGUUUAAGAAGGAUAUCGACAAGCUGGCACAUGUGCAGAGGAGGGCGACUGAGAUGGCCAAGGGUCUGGUUGAGGGAGAUGGGGAUUUUUAGCCUGGUUUCCAGACCUUUGAAAGGGUCCUUCUGAUCGGCAAGUCCUAGGCUCUGUAGUUUAACCCACAGGGCCACCCGUGUCCCAGAUCAUAGGUAGAUAGCUUUAAUUCUGUGGUCUAAACCACUGAGCCUCUUGGGCUUGCUGAUAAGAAGGUCGGCAGUUCGAAUCCCUGCGAGGGGGUGAGCUCCCGUUGCUCUGUCCCUGCUCCUGCCAACCUAGCAGUUCGAAAGCACACCAGUGCAAGUAGAUAAAUAGGUACCACUGCGGUGGGAAGGUAAUCAGCGUUUCCAUGCGCUCUGGUUUCUGUCAUGGUGUUCUGUUGUGUCAGAAGCAGUUUAGUCCUGCUGGCCACAUGACCCGGAAAGCUGUCUACGGACAAACACCAACUUCCUCGGCCUGAAAGUGUGAUGAGCGCCGCAACCCCAGAGUCGCCUUUGACUGGACUCAGCCGUCCAGGGGUCCUUUACCUUCAAUUCUAUUAAUGUUUCUUGUUUUUAAUGAAUGUUUCUUCUUAUUCCUCCUGUGUUUUUUAGCUGUUCUUAUUUUAUCUGUUAGCAGCCGUGAGUCCCUGGCAGAGAAAAAAGAUGGGGUAUAAACAAACAAAAUGAUUCCAACUAAACAUUUUAGGCAGAGCUAUCUGACGGCAAGAGUUGUUUGACAGUGGAAGUGUCUUCCUCGGAAGGUGAUCGACUCUCCUUGCCUGGAGGUUUUAAAGCAGAGGUCCCCGUCAGGGAUGCUUUAGCUGUGAGUAAACUCAUCAACAACCAGCAAACAAACAAGAAGAAGCAUCUGUUGUGUAGAUGGGAGGCGGUGCUUUGUUACCCGGAGUUACUUCUUGUAGGAAAGCCCCACCGCACUCAAAAAAAUAAUAAAUCGGAUUGCAAGAAGUUUUGGGAGGAGGACUAUGCAAAAUAUUGCAGAGAAGAUUAUGAAGAGAAUUGUUAGUUAAGGACAAUUAAAAGUAAUAAGGAAAUUAAGAAGUGUAGAUUAAGUGAUAAAGAUGGAAAAACCUUCAGAUAUGGUUGAUGGAAGUUUAAAACACUGUAUAAGAUAAGAAAUUAUGUUAUAUGUCGUUUAAAGUUUAGUCCCAAUAUAUAUCCAAUAUUUAAUCCAAUUAUCAUGAAAUUUCUGUUCAUCUUGAUCUCUUAUUCUUCCUGUUAUUCUAGCGAGCUCGGCAUAAUUUGUUAAUUUAAUCUGCCAAUCACUUAUAUUAGGUAUGGCGUCCGUUUUCCAAUUUUGUGCUAACAUGAUUCUUGCGGCUGUUGUGGCAUAUAAAAAUAGUACCUUAUCUUCUUUUUUAAUUUCUUUACCUGUCAUUCCUAGCAGAAAGGCUUCGGGUUUUUUGGGAAAUGUGUAUUUAAAAAAUUUUUUAAGCUCGUUAUAAAUCGAUUCCCAAAAGCCUUUCACUUUGCUUCAUAACCACCACAUAUGGUAGAAGUCACCAUCUACUUCUCCACAUUUCCAACAUCUUUUGUUCUUUAACCUAUAGAUCUUAGCCAGUUUCACUGGUGUGAGGUACCACCUAAAUAUCAUUUUCCACAUAUUUUCCCUUAAUGCCAUACAUGCCGUGAACUUCAUGUUAAUAUUCCAUAAUUCUAGCCAUCUCUCAAAAUCGAUGUUAUAGCCGAUGUCUAUUGCCCACUUAGUCAUAACCUCCUUCACCUCCUGGUCUUUUGUAUACCACUCCAAUAAAAUAUCGUAUAUUCUAGGCAGUAUUUUGUUCUUUCCUUCAACAACUUCCACAUUGAAUUUGGAUUUUUUAUCUUCGAAUCCUAUUUUCUUUUUAUCUUCUUUUAACAGGUCAUUUACCUGGUGGUAUUGCAGCCACCCAGUAAAUGAGUUUUUAAUCUCUUCAUAGGGUCUAAGUUUUAUACCUUGAUCCGUUUUCCUAGUCAGUUCUUCAUAGGUAGGAUUCUUCCCUUCCAUAUUAACUUUUUUGACUGUUAACACCUCUGUUGGUGAGAUCCACCAGGGUGUCUUCCUUUCCAAUAGGUUUUUAUUUCUUUCCCAUACUUGGAAUAUUGGCCCUCUAAAAAUAUGGUUUAAAAGCCUCUAUGUACUUUCACCUUUUCAUACCACAGGUACGAGUGCCACCCGUACCUGUUAUCGAAGCCUUCAAGAUCCAAGACGUCUCUGUUUUCUAGCGUUAUCCAGUCUUUCAACCACGAUAAACACGCCGCCUCAUAGUAUAAACAUCAGUCCGGAAGGAGAAACCCCCUCUUUCUUUUUAUCUACCAGUAUUUUCAUUUUUAUUCGUGGUCUUUUUCCCUGCCAGAUGUAUCUCGCCAAGGCUCUUUGCCAUUCUUUACAUUGCUUUAAACCUUUAAGUACCGGGAUGGUUUGAAAUAAAAAUAACAUUCUAGGCAAAACGUUCAUUUUAAUAACCGCUAUCCUCCCCAAAAAAGAUAAUCUCAUUCUCUCCCAGAUUUCUAAGUCUUUCUUAAUGUUCUUCCAGGUGACCUCAUAGUUAUCCUUAUAUAGAUUGAUGUUCUUAGCCGUAAUCCAGACUCCAAGGUACUUCACCUUUUUUGCCGUCAUAAUUCCGGUUUUUUGUUCUAGGUCUACUAUAUCUUCUUUAGACACUGGCGGGAUUGGAAUAACUCUAACAGUAAAAGGUUAUUAUGUAAAAGAGAUAAAAUACGUGAAUAUAAAGUCUAUUUGAUACUUACCAAAGGAGUGGAAGGAAGUUCAAGGCUUGGCAGAGCCUAAAAUAAAUGUAUUUAUGAUUUAUGGAAUGAAUAUAUUAUGUGUAAUUUAAGUAUUGGACUUUGUAUAAGUUUAUAUGUAUAUAUGUAUAAUACCAAUAAAAAUUUAUCAGUGGAAAAAAAAAAGAAAUUAUGUUAUAUGAUUGUUAGGAAUAUGUAAAAAAUAAUAAAAAUAUAUACAAAAAAAAAUAUAAAUUCCUCCCACCGCAAUUUCAACUGUUUCUACCCCUCUGGUGGAAUUAGCCGACACGACCUCUCAUAGCCCUGUUGCUGAAUUAACGGCUUUUUCCAGCUCUGCGUUUAAUCAUUAAAACAAUGAAGAUUACAGCUGAACUCUGCCUGAAACCCAGCCCUAUAAUUCGGUUUUCACACCCGACCAAAGGUCUGUCGUUACUUGUUUUUCCGUCUUCGCUUGGCUUGAUUUGCAUCCUGCCAAGCAGCUCAGGAUUUGACCCUCCCCCUUCGUCCUCAUGACAAACUUGCGAGGUAGGCUAGGCUUAGAGACUGUAAUUUAACUGAGGAGGAAUGGUUUUCAGAUAAGGGACUAGGCAGAAAAGGGCAAAGCUGACGGCGAAAUUAAGAGACCCAAAGGAUGAACUUUCUCUAGAAGAACAUGAACUAUUUUGAAAAGCAUUACAGUCAAAUGAAAUUGCAGGCAGCGUUGGAGAUAAAAGCAGCAAAUGAAAAAUGACAAAGUAAUUGCUAACAGAGGAACUUUGGGUAAUGGAUAAAGAGAUAAUGCAGUGGGAAAAGUUUGAGCAAAACACUGUGGAGACGAGGGUGGGAAAGUCAACUCACGAAACUAUGUAAUUCUUUGAUUUGAAGGUCAUUGCAAAAAACGUUUUGUAAUAAACGAAAAUCUGCCCUUAUUCCCUUAUGGGGGACCCAAGAGCCCUUAUAGAGUCCUUUGCAGGCUCUCCGUCGGUCGGAGAAAAUAACAGAGGCCAAGCAGAGAAUAUUGAGAAGCAAAGCAGCUUGUAAGCCUGAUCUUUAUUGAUCAGUUGCGACAGGGUGCUCCCCUCACCCGCAGGAGAAGGAGGAGGACCCAGAAUCCAGGUGUGCCCGCCCUUAUAUAGACAUUUUAAAUUGCCCGUCCAAGACCACCCCCAGGUACAUCAUACCUAUGUCAAAGAAAGGGCGGUCUACAACAUAAAUCUGAGUGUGUUGUUUAUCUCCUGUCUGGCAGGUUACCUGUUAAUGCUCACUUGAUUGGAUACCCUGGGGAGCCUGGCCAGUCUUUUGUAAUGAUAAAUACUUAGUUUCUGAGCCAGGUCACAGGCUCACACCCUAUUCAUACACAGACAUACCCUUAAGACAGGAUUUGUGAAGGAAAAGACAAUGAGGAGGCUUUUCCAUUUUCCUUCGACCUUGCAGAGAAAUCAUUUGGUCAGUUUGGUAGUCAAAAUGGUUUCAGGGCUGUUUUCCUGCGCUGCUUCAGACAUGUGGUUUAUAUAUUUAUGUACGUGUUUGCUUGGUACAUUUAUGAACAUUUAUUAUAUAUAUAAGACCUUUUUUUUAUUUCAGUUUGAAAAAUAUAAUUAAAUGAGAGAGAGAGAGAAAGAUAUUGUAAUUAGCCUGAGGUCACCCAAGUGUGUUUCCUCACCCAAGUGAGUGAAGAAUUAGGACCCUGUUCUAACCACAACUGCAGGGUUGGUCUGGAUGAGCCCUGGAGGACCCUCCCCUCCCUGCAGUUCUGCAAUGCCCACUGUUGCAGGAAUGUAUGUAUAGGUUGGGGGGGUUGCUCCUCCAGCAGAUAUCCUGCACAUGCAGCCCACUACCAAAACCAGCACAAUCCCUUUUGUGACUUGUCCCCGCAAAACACUUCAUCACAGUUUCUUCCUAUCUAUUCAAAGGGCCUUUGCUGCACAAUACCAAAUGUAAGAAUUCCCUGAUCAAUGUAUCUCUGUACUGGCUCACUGGGAAAACUUCAGAAAUUCAUCUAGACAUGUGAGCUCAGCUCCUCAGCAGCCCCUCUGCCUGAGUGAUAAUCCCUGGCAUCCUGAUACCUGAGUGCCAGACAGGUAGCCAUUCCAGAAAUAACAAACCCAGAUGAAGACCAAAGGGUGGGAUGAACUGGGCUGGGAAACAGGGAAAUGUAAAGAUCUCUUUUGUUCCACUUGCUGGGUGUUUGGUGGAGGGCAAGGGGAACCAUGGGGCAGGGUCCAGGAUGCUCAGAUUACGGCCACCAGACCUCCCCUUUCAUGAUGUAUGAGUGAUGUAGUGGGGGGGUGUAACACGGGGAUUAGCAGCUAAUAAAAGUUUGGGUUCUCUUUUGUUUGGGGCUUCCAUCUUGUUUCACCUGGUGGCAGGUGGGAGUCCUGUCGCGACCGUCUUCAAUAAAGACCAAGCCGACUGGCUGCUGUUUUGCUCUGGUAUUCCUGGCUGGUAUCCUUGUUUAUUGUCCAAGGGAGCCCUCAGAUUUCUCCGUUAACAGUGACUACCCAUCAGUGAUUUGUGAGCUGUGAUUCUUGCAUGUCAGGGGUUGGACUGGAUGACCCCUAGGGGACCCUCUCCUCUCCGCAGUCCAGCAAUGCCCUCUUCUCUUCUCUCCCCGCAGCCCUGAGCGCUGGCGCCCGGGAAGUCCACCUCCCUCCGGGGCCGUUGUACCGCGUGGAAGGGACGUCGGUCUCCAUCCCCUGCAACGUCUCGGAGUACGAGGGCCCCACCCUGCAGCACUUUGAGUGGUUCCUCUACCGCCCGUCGGCCCCCGACAUCUCCAUCGGAGUGGUCAGCACCAAGGACCCCAAGUUCCCUUACGCCGUCUUCGCGCCCCGGGUGCAGGCGGGCAAUGUCUCCAUCCAGCGGCUGCGGGGGGAUGCCGUGGCACUGCGGAUCAAGGGGGUGCGCCCGGAGGACGCGGGGGUCUACGAGUGCUACACCCCCACCACCGACUCCAAGUACCACGGGACGUACAGCAGCAAGGUGGAGCUGAGAGGUACGGCGGCGACGGAGGGGUGUCGGGGGGCAGAACUGAAAGGGGGGGGGAGAAAGUUGAAGACAGCGGAAGGGUAAGGAGAGUCAUUCUGGAUCGGCCAAAGGGGGCCAUUCCUAGCCCAGCCCCCUGUUCUCCCAGGGGUCAAAUUCCCCUUUGGUCUCAAGAGACAAUGGAGUGAAGUCAAAUCUCUGGAGAAUCACAGCACCUGCUGUGGCUGCAGAGACUGGUAUAAUAAUAAUAAUAAUAAUAAUAAUAAUAAUUAUGAUGAUGAUGCAGAGACUGGUAUAACAACAACAACAACAACAAACAACAACAACAAUAAUAACAAUUGUUGUUAUUAUUAUUAUUAUUAUUAUUAUUAUUAUUAUUAAAUGGUUUCCCCAGCCACUCUGGGCGGCUCCCAAUCGAAUAUUAAAAACACAAUACAGCAUUAAACAUUAAAAACUUCCCUGAACAGGGCUGCCUUCAGAUGUCUUCUAAAGGUCAGAUAGUUGUUUAUGCCUUUGACAUCUGGUGGGAGGGCGUUCCACAGGGCAGGUGCCACCACCAAAAAGGCCCUCUGCCUGGUUCCCUGUAACUUGGCUUCUUGCAGCAAGGGAACCACCAGAAGGCCCUCGGAGCUGGACCUCAGUGUCCGGGCAGAACAAUGGGGGUGGAGACGCUCCUUCAGGUCUACUGGGCCUUUGAGGCCGUUUAGGGCUUUCAAGGUCAGCAUUGUGCUCAGAAACUUACUGGGAGCCAGUGAAGAUCUUUCAGGACCUGCUGCCUCCUGCGUUGCUUUUGCUGUGUUGGCAGCACUGAAGUGACCCCUCCGGGGUGUAAGCCUGGUUGGUGGGUCUGGAGGUCCUGGGCUGCUCCGAUGACCAGGCCCCCCCUCCUCAGCCUCACUCGUCCAGAGGAAAGUGGAGCGAGACAUUUGGCACAUUGUGGCUGCAGGAGUUGCUGGAGGGAGGCAUACAAAAUGCCACGCAGCCGCCUUAGGGAUUUGUGUAAGGCCUACUCCCCAGCCAAAGAAGGCAGCAGGUUUGGAUUCUUUUCUCGGGGCUUGCACCCGAAGCCUUUCGCAUGAAUGUGUAUGGCUGCAAGGCAGGAGAGGUUUAGCAUCAGCGUUUUCCUCCUCAAAUUCCCCCAAGAACUUAGGAAUGUAGAUAGACUGCCACUGGGGCUGGAGGCUCCGCAAACGCGGCACCACGCUGGCUCUGAUGGGCAAGACUCUCCUGACGUUCCCAUGGCUCUGCUGUCCCUCCACGGAGGCAGGAAAUGCAGGGACUUGCAAGCGGGGAGAGUUGCGCUCCGGUUUUGGGCUUGCUUUUGGGCUUCCAGCUGGCCCUUGGCCUGAUCCAGUAGGCUCUUCCAGUGACCUAAUGGAACCUCCAGCUCCACAGGCAGUCUAUCUGGAUUCCUAGGUCCUGUGGGGUAUUUGGCCCCCAUGAGAACAGAGGGCUGGCCGAGAUGGCCUGACCCAGCAGCCUGACUUCCUUAGGCGCAGGAAAGUGCCUAUUUAAAUAUGCAAUACUAUGUUAAUUGAAGGUCAAAUCCUGUGAGCUUCGUGGCAGCCAUGCGUGAAUUCGAAUCCUGCUCUCUCCCGGUCCUGGUCCUCGUUGAAUCCCCUCGAAAACGACCCUGUGAGUUAGGCAAGCCCGAGAGAGGCUGUGACUGGCCCUGAGGGUCCUCAUCUGACACUCUAACCACUAGACCUCGCUGCCUCUGGGACCGAUUGUAGGAUGCAGGCACCUUCCGCGGUCAUCUGACGUGGAGGUUUAUUGCAUUAGCAAUGGUGAUUUCCCCCGAGGUCGCUGCUGUAUCUGUUGCUCCGCUAAUCCGUUUAGCGGCUGGGACGAGCAGAUGGCCUCUGAGUCUGGAGUUGUCUGCAGGCCAAGCUCUGCCGAGUGGGCAGCCCUGCGGGGCGGGCCGUGGGGGGGCGUGAGAGGAGGAGGGGGCCCCAUCUGGCUCCCCAUCUGAAGCCCCCACGUCCUCCUGGCAGCUAAAUCCAGAGAAGAAAUCUUUCUGGGGCUGGGAACUCCUGCCUCUGUUCAUUGCGGACCUUGGGUUUUUUUAAAAAAAUAGUAUUUUUAUUAAAGUAAAUUGUAUCCACCUCUCUUCUCUGUCCCUGCACCAAGAGCCAGUACAGUUAGACUGUGGAACUCCCUGCCACUGGAGGGAGUGCUGGCCAGCAGCCUAGAUGGCUUCAAAGAAGCCCAAAGUUUGGAUGAAUUAAUAAAGGAGAAGAGGGCUAUUAAGGCUACUAGCCAGAAUGACCUGCAAGAGAAGAGAGUGUUUCUCUUGUGUUCAGAUUCUGCUUGUGGGUUUCCUGUAAUGGGCGCCUGGUUGGCCACUGUGGGCACGAUAGUCUCCCUUGGGCCUGAUCCAGCAGACCCUUCUCAUGUCCUUCUGGAUAUCUUUCCCAGUCUGCUUCUGCACUGAAACUGGUUUCAAGAUGCUUUGAUGGCGUACUUAGCGCCCCUGGCUUCUUUGGGAGGGAGGACAGGAGAGAAAUUGAAUUUAAAAUGUAUUUUGUUUGUCUGUAAAAUGGAAGUGUGGAUGCGGGUGGUGCUGUGGGUUAAACCACAGAGCCUAGGGCUUGCCGAUCAGAAGGUUGGUGGUUCGAAUCCCCGUGAUGGGGUGAGCUCCCGUUGCUCAUUCCCAGCUCCUGCCAACCUAGCAGUUCGAAAGCACCCCAAAAAGUGCAAGUAGAUAAAUAGGUACUGCUCCGGCGGGAAGGUAAACGGCGUUUCCAUGCGCUGCUCUGGUUCGCCAGAAGAGGCUUAGUCCUGCUGGCCACAUGAGCCGGAAGCUGACCCUCGGCCAAUAAAGUGAGAUGAGCGCCGCAACCCCAGAGUCGGCCACGACUGGACCUAAUGGUCAGGGGUCCCUUUACCUUUACUUUAAAAUGGAAGUGUUGGUUUUUGUUGUUGUUUUUUAAAAGUAGGUUUUUAAACUGCUUUACGUUUUCAUAGCUCUCCCUGGGACCUUUGAGUGAAGGGUGGAAAAUAAAAUAAAACAAAACAGGCAGUGCGGUGUAGUGGUUAGAGCGCUGGACUAUGACGUUGGAAAGACCAGAGUUCAAAUUUGCACUCAGCCAUGAAACGCACUGGGUGGGACCUCAAGGCUUCUCUCAGCCCAACCUACCUCACAGGAUUGUUGUGGGGAUUAAAUGGGGAGGGGGAGAACCCUGUGGGCCCCCUUGAGUGCCCUAGAGAAAAAGGUGGGGGUAGAAAUGCAAUACAUUCUACUCAAGUUUAGACCCAUUGAGAUGAAUUAACUUACGUUCACCUUGCUGAUUAAUUUCAGUACAACUAGCAGUGAGCACAACUCGCAGAAGCCAGGUGGGCUCAGAGUCGAACGAAAAACCAGCCGAUUGUUCAUGAGAAACGUCCUCAUUCUCUUUUCUCGAACCAACAUGCAAACCGAAACACACUUUUUGGAAUCUGCACUUUUCUCAAUUUUGCAGUGCGGUGCAACUCUCUAACCGGCGUGUGUGUUAUACGGUGGUACCUCGGUUCUCGAACGUAAUCCAUUCCAAGAAAACAUUCGACUUCCGAAAUGUUCGAAAACCGAGGCGCAAAGGGUUGGCUGUGAGUCCAGUUGGAAAAACUGAAAAACACACAGUGGAAGCCGUUCGACUUCCAAGGCGCGUUUGAAAAUGGAAGCAAUGACUUCCGGGUUUUUGGCGUUCGAAAACCGAAAUGUUCAAGUUCUGAGACGCUCGAAAACCGAGGUACCCCUGUCUAUGCAUGCCUCAAUUUGGAGAAGGAGUGCCUCAAAAUACCAUUAACCCCCCCUUGAAAAUUCACCAGAACUUUAGUGCAGAUCCCCCCUUAACAAACGUACAGUAUUUUUCGCUCUAUAGGACGCACCGGACUAUAGGAGGGGGAGAACGGGGGGGAGGGAAUUCUCCCCCUCUCUGCGCAGCGCCCCUUCAGCAAAGCGGCAGGAGAAACAGAGCCCCUUCCAUUUCUCCUCCCGCUUCGCUGAAGGGGCGCUGAGCAGAGAGGGAAAACUGUGCAGCGCCUCUCCAGCGAAGCGAAGCCUGGAGAGCAAGAGGGAUUGAUGUGCACCGACGCCCUCGCUGUCCAGGCUUCAGGCGGCUAUCCGCAAGCCUUCGGAGCGCAGCGGGAACUCCUGCUUGCGGAUAGCUGCCUGAAGCCCCCGGAGAGCAGCUGGAGUUCCCACUGUGCUCCAGGGGCUUCAGACGGCUUCAGUGAACGCGACACGAAGCCUCCGGAGCGCAGGGGGAGCUCUCCCUCUGUGCUUCGGAGGCUUUGCGUUGCUAUUGCUGAAGCCAAGGAGCCUGCAUUCGCCCCAUAGGACGCACACACAUUUCCCCUUCAUUUUUGGAGGGGAAAAAGUGCAUCCUAUAGAGAGAAAAUUUGGUAUGUGUUUUGGGUGCGGUUUUGUCUAAGACGCCCAUUUUUGCAGAGCCGUAAUUUCCCCAUCGCCUGAUGCGAUUGAGGGGGGCCCUGAUCCGCUUUUCCUCCUGCCCCACAGUCAUCCCCGACAAGCUCUCCGUGUUGCCGGCUGCUCCUUCCGCCCCGAAGCCCCCUUUGCGCAGCCGGGGGGCUGUGCCCGCCUCUCCGCUGCAGCUGACGCUUUGGGAAAGCCAGGACCUCCAGCUGACGUGCGCCGUGAGCAGCCAGACCCCACAGCACGUCCACCUCUCCGUCUCCUUCGGCCUGUCUGCCCCCGAUGCCUCCAGGGACGUCCAGCCUCUGCAGGAGGUGAUCGCCGUGCGCAGAGACUUCGCCGUGGAGGCUGGCGAGAGAUUCGCCGAGCGCCACCGGGCGCAAGAGCUGUCGCUGGCCAAGACGGGUGACCGGCGGUACCAGAUGGUCCUGGGUUGGCUGAGGCCCGAAGACGCCGGGAUCUACCACUGUGUCGCCGGGGAGUGGAUCCAGGAUCCUGACGGAAGCUGGCAGCAGAUUGCAGAGAAGCGGGUGGUGCUGGCUCAAGUCACCGUCCGCACUGUAGGUAUGAUAUGAUAUGAUACGAUACAAUACAAUAAUCUUUAUUGUCAUUGUCCCAUACAGAACAACGAAAUUGAAAAAUUCAAAAACCAGCAAGCCUGCUAUCCCAGCUAUCCCAGCCUGGUUAGCCCCCUAAAAACUCUGGUACUCCAUUUUUAAAUACAAUAUACUCCCAUAGAAUGGGAUGCGGGUGGCGCUGUGGGUUAAACCACUGAGCCUAGGACUUGCCGAUCAGAAGGUCGGCGGUUCGAAUCCCCACAACGGGGUGAGCUCCCGUUGCUCUGUCCCUGCUCCUGCCAACCUAGUAGUUUGAAAGCACGUCAAAGUGCAAGUAGAUCAAUAGGUACCGCUCUGGCGGGAAGGUAAACGGCGUUUCCGUGCGCUGCUCUGGUUCGCCAGAAGCGGCUUAGUCAUGCUGGCCACAUGACCCGGAAGCUGUAUGCCGGUUCCUUCGGCCAGUAAAGCGAGAUGAGCGCCGCAACCCCAGAGUCGGUCACGACUGGACCUAACGGUCAGGGGUCCCUUUACCUUUACCCUACUUCCAUAGAGACUCCUUACCCUGUGUUUAAAACCAGGUGAGUUUUCCUCGGGAGGAGGGAUCCACAGAGCAGAGGGAUCCACUGUGGCUCUUGGAGAUGGGAGAGUCUGAGGGUGAAGAUCCGUUUGGCAGUGGAAUGGGCUCCGUCGGAAGGUGGCGGAUUCGCCUUCGCUGGUGGUUUGGAAGCAGAGGUUCGGUGGCCACCUGCCAGGGAUUCCUUUGCUGCGAGUCCUGCAUCCGUUGAAUCGUACAAAUUCAAAGGGACCCCAAAGGUCCUCUAGUCCACCCCCUGCAAUCACUGCUACAGAAUCCCUGACAGGUGGCCAUCCCACCUCUGUUGAAAAACCUCCGGCGAAGGAGAGUUCACCACCUUUUGCUCCACUGCCAAAUGGCUCUUCCUAAAGUUGUCAGAAACUCCUUUCUUGCAAUUUGGAUCCAUUGGUUUGUGUGCCCUGCGGAGCAGGAGAAUACAGUCAUACCUCUAGUUACGUUCGGUUCAGGUUACGUCUUUUCAGGUUGCAUCCCACGGCAACCCAGAAGUACCAGAAAGGGCUACUUCCGGGUUUUGCUGCUCGCACAUGCACAGAUGCACAAAAUGACGUCAUGCGCAUGUGCAGAAGUGGCGAAUCGCGGCACACGCAGACGCGGGUUGCGUUCUGCUCAUGUUGCGAAUGGGGCUCCGGAACGGAUCCCGUUCGCAACCAGAGGUACCACUGUACCAGCUUGUUCCCUCUUCCAUGGGACAGCCUUUCAGAUACAGUGGUCCCUUGGGACUCAAACAACUUGGAACCCAAACACUACAAACCUGGAAGUAAGUAUUCCGGUUUGCAAACUUUUUUCAGAAGCUGAGCGUGCUCCGUUUUGAGUGUUACGCUUCCGAUUUGAGUGUUACGUUGAGGUCUGUCUGGUUUUGCUAUUUACUUUGCAUUUUUGUUUUUGGGACCUUUUUCUUUUGUUUUUGUGACUGUGUGGAACCCAGUUCAGCUAUUGAUUGAUUGUGUGACUGCAGUACAUUGUUUAUUGCUUUCAUUUUAUGGAUCAAGGAUCUUGUUAGAUAGUAAAAUUCAUGUUAAAUUGCUGUUUGGGGGGUUGUUUUUAAAAGUCUGGAACGGAUUAAUCCAUUUUGCAUUACCUUCUAUGGGAAAGCGUGCCUUGGUUUUGGAACGCUUUGGUUUUGGAACAGAUUAAAUUUGAGAACCAAGGUACCACUGUAUUUGAAGAUGGCUCUCAUACCUUUUCUCAGUCUCCUUUUCUCCAGACUAAACAUAUCCAGCUUCCUCAACUGCUCCUCAUAAGGCCUGCCUGCUUGCCCUCCUCUGCGCACCUUCCAGCUUGUCGACAUCCUUCUUAAACUGUGGUACCCAGAACUGGACACAUUAUUCCAGGUGGGGUCUGGCCAAGGCAGAAGAGAGCAGAACUAUGACUUCCCUGGACCUAGAAUUAAUUGCAUUAGCCUUUUUUGCUGCUGCAUCACAUGGUUGACUCCUGUCAAAAUCGUGAUCUGCUGGGACCCUUUGAUCCUUUUCGCACGGGCUGCUCUGACCUUCUCCCCCCUGACUUUCUCUUCCUCUGCUUUCAGCCAGCCAGUUGGCCGCCUCCGCCACCCCCGCCAAAGUCCGCGUCGGCUCUGGAGAAGCCCUGGAACUCCUCUGCAACGCCUCUGGCCUCCAGGGCGCCCCUUUGCCUCACACCGUCUACUCCCUUGGCUGGGAAGUGAGCCAGGGCAGUGAGGGAGAAGGGCGCCUGGUGGCCCGCUUGGACCCGGACGGGGCGCUCGUCCUGGGUGACAACUAUGCCAACCGCGACGUCGGCCGGCGCCAUGUCUCCCUGCAGAAACUGGCCUCCCCUCUGGGCUCCUACCAGCUGCGGAUUGAGUCGGCGCAGCCCAGCGAUGUGGGCUCCUACCGCUGCGUGGUGUGGGCCUUUGUGCGCUCCCCUGGCGACAAGCUGCGCGAAGUGGCCAGUGUCCGGUCCGAGGCCCUGACGGUGGACAUGAAAUCGGAAGGUGCGUAUGGAGUCACUGAACUGGCUUUGGGUCCCCAAAUUUCCCUCUCCUUUGCUGGGAUAAGGACACUUUGCAGCCCUGGAACCGUUAAAGCUGAUUCCGCUCUCAUGUCCUGUUUAGAUUCUCCUUCUCCUUCUCCUUCUCCUUCUCCUUCUCCUUCUCCUUCUCCUUCUCCUUCUCCUUCUCCUUCUCCUUCUCCUCCUCCUCCUCCUUCUCCUCCCCCUCCUCCUUUACAUAUAUUUAUUCAUUUACAGUGGACGCUCGGGUUGCGAACAUGAUCCGUGCGGGAGGCAUGUUCGCAACCCACAUCAUUUGCAACCCCCAGCGCUGCGUCUGCGCACGCGCAGGUCACAAUUUGGCACUUCUGUGCAUGCGCAAAGCGCGAUUUAGCACUUCUGCGCAUGUGCAACUGCCAGUACUUACGGGUUUCGGCACGUCUGAAACCCGAAAACACGCAACCUGAAGCAUCUGUAACCUGAGGUACGACUGUACAUUUAUUUCAUAAAACACACUGCUUUAUUGUAAAAACAAUCCUCAAAUGGCUUAAAUAAGACAAAACAGUGCAAUCAAGGGAAAAUUGCAAUAGUUUAAAACAUGGGGAAAGUUAAAAUAGGCCGGUUAAAAUUCACAUUGGCUUUCCAAGCAUCUGAGCAGAGUUGAAGUAGCUCACUGUGUGUGUGACCUUAGUCCAGUCGCUCCCUCUCAGCCUCACCUGCCUGCCAAGGUUGCUUGAGGAGAAAAAGGAGGAAGAGGAAAUAAACCGUAAAAAAAUAAAAAAAAUCCCCUGUGCAGUUGAAUAGAACAAUAGUUUUUGAAUAUGUAUUUUUAGUUAAUGUAAAAUCAAAAGGGCAAACAGAACCAGGCGGGCGCCCUCUGUGCCAAUUUUUAAAUGCCUGCUGAAAACCUUCCUCUCCCGCCAGGCAGGCGGUUCGGAAAAAACAUCCCUACACAAAGGCCCCUGGAUCCUGCUUCUAAUUUCUUUUUGCUUUUGACUCACUUUAAACUUCCCGUGACUUUACUGUCCAGUUUGGGGUUUUCAUUUUUUUUUUAACAGAAUAAAACUUUAUUUAGAAUUCAACAAUAACAAAGGAAAAAACCACAGUAGCUGCUACAUCAAAUCAAUACAAUUAACCAACAUUUUAUAAAUACUAAGAAAGAAAUUACACAACAUGACUUUUAACUUGCUGAGGUUUUCAUAAUACACUUUUAUCUCUUUCUUAACAUAUCAAAAAUAGAAAGACCAGGAAAGGAAACACAAAAAAGAAAAGAGAAAAAGAAGAAGGGGGGGGGGAGUGAAGGGAGGGGGGGAGAAAAAAGGAAGAAGGAAACAAAGCAAAACAAACAUAUUUGGCUUCCGAUUAGACUCAUUGUAUUAUUAUUUCUACAAUUUCUUCACACACAGUUCCAAGUUAUUGUAUUUCUUUCUUUGUUCUCAUCAGAUAUCAGAAAACAUUAUAUUUGCUGUUUUACAAGGAUCAUUCUAUUUAUGCCAGGAGAGAUUUGUUAUUGUAAUACUUUUCCAAAUACUCUUUAAAGAUUUUCCAUUCUUUCUGUACUUUCUGUUUUGGAUACCCUCUAAUUCUCCCUGUCAUCAUAGCCAUUUGUAGAUAUUCUAGCAUUUGGACGGUUUGGGGUUUUCAUAUUGUAAACCUCCGUGAUACAAUUUUAUAAUACGCUGCUAUAAAAAUAUUUAUUUAUGCAAAUAAAUAAGGACUGGACAAGUUCAUAGAUGAGAGGGAUAUCCAGGGCUCCUGGCCACGAUGGAGGCAGCAGGGCUUCUGAAUGGCCGUUGCUGGAAGCCAUGGGACGCCAGAGAUGCCCUUGCGCUUGGAUCCUGCUUGCGGGUUUCCCAAAUGGGACAUCUGGCUGGCCCCUGUAAGGAGAGGACCCUAGAUGGGCCCCCUUUGGCCUGAGCCAGCAGCCAGGCUCUUCUUCGGUCCCAAUAAUAAUAAUAAUAAUUUACUAUUUACACGGGUGGUGCUGUGGGUUAAACCACUGAGCCCAGGACUUGCCGAUCAGAAGGUCGGCGGUUCGAAUCCCCGCGACGGGGUGAGCUCCCGUUGCUUGGUCCCUGCUCUUGCCAACCUAACAGUUCAAAAGCACGUCAAAGUGCAAGUAGAUCAAUAGGUACCGCUCCGGCGGGAAGGUAAACAGUGUUUCCAUGCGCUGCUCUGGUUCUCCAGAAGUGGCUUAGUCCUGCUGGCCACAUGACCCGGAAGCUGUACGCCGGCUCCCUCGGCCAGUAAAGCGAGAUGAGCGCCGCAACUCCAGAGUCGGUCACGACUGGACCUAAUGGUCAGGGGUCCCUUUACCUUUACUUUUUACGUUUUACCCUGCCACUCUGGGCGGCUUCCAACAAAACACUAUAAUACAAUAACCUAUUAAACAUUAAAAGCUUCCCCAAACAGGGCUGCCUUCAGAUGUCUUCUAAAAGUUUGGUAGUUGUUUUUCUCUUUGACAUCUGAUGGGAGGGCAUUCCACAGGGCGGGCACCACCACCGAGAAGGCCCUCUGCCUGGUUCCCUGUAACUUGUCUUCUUGCAGCCAGAAGGUCCUCAGCGGGCGCUGGACCUCAGUGUCCGGGCAGAACGACCUCAGUUCCUAGGUUCUCUUGGCCAUCACUGGAAGAGGGUGCUGGGACUCAAUGGGUUGGCUCUCCUUACGCUAAGAAAAAUGAUAAUCGAAGCUGCUAGGCAGAAGCGUGUCUCCGAGAUACGUCUCCAGGGUUUGGCGAUGCUGAGGCUGUCCUCUUCUCUGCCCCCCCCCCCGCAGCGGUGGUGCUUGAGGCCACGGCGUGGCUGCCGUCCGCCACCAUCUACCGCGGGGACACGGCCGAGGUGCGCUGCAACGUCUCGGUGGAAGCCACGCAGGACAUCGCCCUGGCCCUCAGCUGGUGGGUGGAGCUGCCCGACGAGGGACCCACCUCUCACGGGGUCCUGCUGGCCUCCGUCAACCGCGAGGGGGUGGCCGACUUGGCCAGCCGGCCCUCGGGGGGCGCUGUCAGCGUGGACAAAGCCGGCCCCACCAGCCACCGCCUGCGCCUCCACGGGGUGCAGCCGUCGGACGAGGGCAAGUACCACUGCGCCGUCACUGCCUGGGUGCGCUACCCGGAUCUCAGCUGGUACAAGGCUGGGUCCGCCAAGUCCAACAUGGUCACUGUCUAUCCGUACACGUUGGGUGAGUAACCCCUUCUUUUUUCGGGAGGGGGGAGUCGGGCAGAAUCCUCCUGUUGGGAGAUUUGGGGCAGAUGAUGCCCUUUUUCACAGAUGAAAAGAAAGGCCUUCUUUGCAGAGCGCGGAGUUAAGCUGUGGAACUCCUUGCCACAGGAGCCAGAGAUGACCAACCUUGGUGCCUUUAAAAUCCGGUUGGACAAAUAUAUGGAGGAGGAGAUGGCUGUCAGUCGCCUGUUAUAGUAAUUCUAAGGUCUUUUCCCCCCCAAUUUUUUUUAUUCAUUUCAUAACACAAAUAAACAAUGCAAACAGAAAAACAAAUAAUACAAACAAAUUCUUGUCUCAUCCUUAUUUUUUCUGAACAUUGUUAGGUGAGCUUCCCCAAGUCCCCCCAUCUGAUUUUCAUUUUACCUCAUUUUUAGCAGUUUCAUAUAUCAUAAUUUUUAACCAUUAUUAUCACAGUUACUUACCAUAAGAAUCUUCACAUUUUAUCACUUACAAAUAAUACUGCUUUAAAAUACACUAUCGUCUAACCCUGCAGCCUAUAUCCACUUCCAAAGCUAUUCUAAGAUUUAAGUGAUUCUAAGGUCUUAAAUAUAGAAUAAAUGUUGAUAAUUGCACGAGGUAAACACACAUACAUAAGCAUAUACAGUGGUACCUCGGGUUAAGUACUUAAUUCGUUCCGGAGGUCCGUGCUUAACCUGAAACUUUUCUUAACCUGAAGCACCACUUUAGCUAAUGGGGCCUCCUGCUGCUGCCGUGCCGCCGGAGCACAUUUUCUGUUCUUAUCCUGAAGCAAAGUUCUUAACCUGAAGCACUAUUUCUGGGUUAGUGGAGUCUGUAACCCGAAGCGUCUGUAACCCGAGGUACCACUGUAACUCACAUGUCUACAAUAGUACAGGAGAGCAAUCCCAAAGCCAUCUUGGCUCUCCUAAAGAUGCUCAAUAUUUCCUUUGCCUCCUCAGUCCCCCUUGCCUGAGAGCAGGGAGGCAGAUAGCAAGCAGGGGAAGUUCCUCUCCUAUAUCUAUGAACCUCCUUGGGAUUCAUUGCCAUUGUUUGUCAAGGUGCUCUCUGCAUUGAGAGAUGUCUGAGGUCUUAUCAAAUGCUAAUGUCUUGUGUAAACUGUGUCUGGAGCUAUGUAAAAUUUGCCAGAUCCUCAGGAAUAUCACACCUUGGCCUGCCUGAGCCACAUUCACCCCGCCUUAUGGGUGAUGGGAUUGCUGGCGGUUUGUAGAGAUGUCCUCCUUCUCCAUGCCAAAACACAAACCCUUAAAAGGGUUCUGUGUCUCUGUUGCAACAGAAAAAUAAAGAUUUGCCUUGCUUUCACGGCAUCCAGCCUCCAUCCAUUCAUCUCUGACCAAUCGUGGACUUAGAGGUGUUAUGGAAAAAUCUAGGUGCGAGGCUGCUCAGUCCCCCAGCUGGUCAGGCAGAGCCCACGGGAAUAAAGGAAGGAGUCCAGCCACCAACCGGAGCAAAUAGCUGUAGACCAAAGUUUAUUGCGCAACAGGUUCAAAGAGGAAUUUUGCAGGUGACGACAAAAGCACAGGGCAGGGCAGCCACCUCUCUCUUUUGACUACAUGUGUCGAAGAAGCAACAUCUGCUUAGCCAAAGAUGCUCUCUUGGCCCCCAGCCAAGAGAGGACAAAGGGACGGUCUCCUUAUGAGAUAGUUUCCAGGUGUAUGUUACUUCUCUAAGCAAAGUCUGCCUUCUGGGAUCUGACUGUGAACAGAAUGAUGUGUGAGUAAACCUUUUUAUACUUUUAUAGAAGACUGUGUCGUGUCUUAUCUUUUAUGAGAGAAUAAGGGGGAAAAACAGAACAGUUAUUAUAGAGGCUUUAGCGAGCCUGAGCAAACGUCUCUGCUGUGAGUUUAAAAGGGGGAAUGUUACUCUGCUAAAUUGUGGAACUUGUUCAUGCAAGUUGGAAAGGUUAUAAUCAAACAAUGUAUCCUCUCCUGCAUCCUCCGGAACACUCCCACAUUUUUUGACAGCUGAAAAUUUCCCUCUGAAUUAUCCAAACGAAAAGGACUCUGGUUUUUUGGGAAAGGUGCUUUUAAACCGAGCCCAUUGCCCUCUUGACCCUCUUCCGUUUCUUCCUCUCCUCUCCCCAGCCAUCGACACCUUGUUCAUCCCUCUCCUGGCCGGUGUCUCCAGUGCCCUCUUCAUGGGCGUCACCGUCCUCGUCACUGUCACCUGCUGCUUCAUGAAGAGGCUCCGGAAGAGGUGAAAGCCAGACGAGAGGAAGGAGGUGAUGCACCUUUGCCAGGUGGGGUGCUGUGUGUGUGUGUGUGUUUGUGUUCCGUGUCUCCCUGUCCUCCUUUGGGUUCGGCCGAACCUCAGCAGUCAGGGAGGACCCUCAGCUCUCUGUUUAAAGGGGGGCCAGAUCUGCUCCUGCCCACCCUCCUUUGCAAAUUUGGUUGCUGAAUAGCCAUCAGGUAUUUUGCUGCAUGUAGGGAAGCGGGUGGCGCUGUGGGUUAAACCACAGAGCCUAGGACUUGCCGAUCAGAAGGUCAGCAGUUCAAAUCCCCGCGACAGGGUGAGCUCCCGUUGCUCGGUCCCUGCUCCUGCCAACCUAGCAGUUCGAAAGCACAUCAAAGUGCAAGUAGAUAAAUAGGUACCGCUCCGGCGGGAAGGUAAACGGCAUUUCCAUGCGCUGCUCUGGUUCGCCAGAAGCGGCUUAGUCCUGCUGGCCACAUGAUCUGGAAGUUGUACGCCUGAUCCCUCGGCCAAUAAAGCGAGAUGAGCGCCACAACCCCAGAGUCAGCCACGACUGGACCUAACGGUCAGGGGUCCCUUUACCUUUACUUUUAUUUUGCUGCAUGCAUUUAUUUAUCUUGCAACCAUCUGCCCCACCUGAUCUACCCCAGGCAGCAGGCAAAUCUGAUAAGGAACAGUAUUCACAGGCAAGUAACUUCCCCCAAAUUAAACCCAACCCACGGAUGCUGCUGCUAUUAAAUUAUUUCGUAAAAACUGUACACUGUAUGAUUGUAAAAAGAAAAGAAAAAACAAAACCCCUCAAGGUGGUUUACGAAAAGGUAAAGGAAGAAAAUCGAGAAAAGAAUCACAACAAUAGUUUAGAACAACCCCAAAAAGGUUAAAAUACUAAAUCCACCUCGCUUGGAUUUAAGGAGCGCGGUUUCAACCAGCCCAGCUUGAAAUGGUGCGAUUUGGAUGUACGUCAGAUGCGAUUGCGCUGGAUCUCCUACCAGUGAGGAGUUCCUUGCAAGGUGACUAAUUUUGCUGCAACAAAAAAACCCAAACGAAACAUGAGUCUUGCAGCCCCUGAAAUCCUUUACAAAUAUAAAUUGUGGCCCACAGUCUGCUGAAUCAGAUGCAUGAAGUGUUUCUCUUCAGUUGUGGGGCUCAAAGUGGACUGUUCCCAGCUAAACAGAUAUGCCCCGUAAUCCGGUGGCUUCACCUCGCCGUUUUCCUUUCAGGUUCAUUUGUCCCAAGACGACCUUUAAGGCCACUUGCGGAUGGGAGAGGGAAGGAGCUCCCUGACCUCUCUUGCACCCAAGUCACCUUCACUGGGAACGGUUUCCCGGGAUCCCCUUCAUUUUGAAAACCAGGUCACGGCAAACAAGUUAUUGUCCACAGGCCAUAAAUCGACUCCCGCUUUUGCAGCAAGCUCUUUUUGCCCCGGUUUCUGCAAUUAAUUCGCCACGGCCUCCGGGGGUAAAAUAUGGAUUCGGAGGUUUGAUGUUGGGGGGGGGUUGUGCCUGUUGACCCACAUCCACUCCCCGUCUCUCCCCUUUUGCAGGAGCUUCCUCUGUCUCCGAUCUUCCGGCUGCCCUCUUUUCCUUGACGUUGUUGUGCCUGGUGAUCCAGUUUCUCUGCAGGCUCCGCGAAGGAAGCCUCUGCUCCUCCUCUUUGACUCUGGAUUGGGCCCCCCUCUGCCACCCCAAACAAGAAGUGCUCCAGGACCUCUUGGGAAGGACAUUUCCCCAUCCUGCCAACGGCCCAAACGUUCUUUCUUGACCCCUCCGUUUUCUCCAGCAGAAAUUGGUGCUGUGCUUGAGUUAGGGGGGAGGAGAGGGAGAAAGGGGGUGACCUUCCUGCCAUUUGAUGGGGGUCUUUCCUGAAGAAGCCUCGCCUUCCUCCUGCCAUCAGCGCAGACCCUGCCUUCUCUUGUUUUCUCUCUGCCUGGGACUGUUCUUCCUUCCUUUUCUCGAUGAGCUGCAUGCUUAUGUCAAGACGGUACAAUGAUCACCUUGGGGGGGCUCUUUGCAGCCAGUUGGGGGCCAGAGAGUGGGCAGAAGGGUCCCUGUUGUGUUCUUCGUUGCAGAAAAGGAAGCCCUCUGAAGAAGGCCCAGCUGCUGCAGCUCCAGAAACCUCUUGGACGGCGGCUGUUAGCUCAAAUAUCAUCCUCAGGACACCUCCCAAAGCAGCCAGUCACUGACAGCGCCCCCCCCCGAAACAUUUUGCUCUCAUCACGUUGGCAGGAACCCAAGCUCUGUGUGUAGGUGGCGUGCAUGUGUGUGUUGUGGAUCUGCAAAGAAGCUCAGGAAAAAGAACCACAGAAUGCACAACUCUGCGAGACAAAACAGGGAGCCAGCGAGGCUGCCGUCAGUCGUCUUCCUCUGUUUUUGUUCCUUGAAAAAGUAUCGGGGUGGAGAAUCUCAGGGUGGCAGACGGAGGAUCUUACUUGUGCCAAAUGAAUCAGUUUAGGGGACCACUAAGGACUCCGGCCUGCAAUAUCUGAUUUUGAACCUCUCCCACUGGUUUCGCGGCUGCUGAAACUCAGAAGGCAGAGGGUUCUUCUUCCCUGGGGGUUUCUCAGCAGAGGUUGGAGGGCCAUCUGUCGGGGAUCCUUGUGCCGCAAGUCCUGACCCUCGGGGGAUCCCUUCCAACUCUCCAAUUCCAUGAAACAACUGAGCCACGUCCCUCUCAUCCCAGAGGCAACUGUGAGACUGAUUUCUCCCCAACGCGAGAGGGAUGAGCAGAGAGAGAAAGAGAAACAGAAGAGGCAGAAGGGAGCGUUAUUUUACGACAGUCCCCAUCGUCUAUUUUUGUAAUUAUCAAAAGUUUCGGAAGAAAAAGAGCCCUGGCCUCUGGGCCCCACCUUCCCUCUUCCUUGUUGGCGGGGGAUGUCUCCCCAAAUCUGCAGUUGAAAGCCUGCUGCAGUGCCCCUUUUCCCGGGGGGUUCUCUGGAUUUCUCUGGAAAAGGUUGGAUCAGGCAGACGGCACUCAUCUCGCCUGCAAAAAACCAUUUUAGCCAAAGGUGUUUGUUCUUCUGUCGGUGGGGUGAGUCUUCCUGGGGGUUCCCCCACUAAGCCUCGAGGUUGCUUGUUCCUGUGAGAAGUAUCCCAUUUUAUCUGCCCCAAAAUGACAUCAUGGCAGUGUUAUUGAAAAAAAUCUGGGGUGAGAGACUACUCAAGAGCCUAGCUCAUCGGGGUGCAAGUUCCCCGUGGGUCUAUGCGCUUAGUAAAAGAAGGAAGUUCCAGCCGAGUAAUUUGGAGCAAAACGGCAGUCAGUAGACCAUGAUCUUUAUUGUUGCACAACAGGUCCCCCCAGGAGUAAGAACCCUGAGCAUGGGGCAACCUUUUAAACCUUCCCUCUUUCCCCCAGAAUACACUUUGAGAGGCAUCACUGAUACAUCAUCACUACAUCACUGGCAUGUCGCAAAUGGGGAGGGGUACACAAGGGUUACACCAGUUCAACAUGAGGUCACUUUAUCAGACCCCUUUACCAACACCUCUUAAGUCCCCAUCACCAGAAGAACAAUAAAACUCUUGACAUCUCCUUGCCCUCAGGACUGGUCUGGAGAUGGGCUUUCAGAACACCUGACUUGCUCAACUGCCUCUGCACAUGUCUCUUGUUGCCCCUUGGUCACCCCCUGGGUGGGGGGCCGUGUCUGUGCUCUCACGCUUGGGGAAUAAAUUCACCUUUCUUUAAGGGUUAAAAUGGUGUGGGAAUGAGGACAGUCGGUUAAAGUAUGGAUUUUCCACGAAUUUAUGAAGCUAGGUAUCUUCCCUGAGCUGUCAAGUCGAAACAGCAGGCAGUUGCGAUGGCCUCAAAACCACCACGUUUCAGAGCAGGUGGUCAAUCUGCUAGCGGACCUCUGGGUGCCUCGCAAGGAUUUCUGACUCCUGGUGGUUUUGCCAGAGCAAAGCAACAAAAGGCUAAGUUUAUACAUCUGAACUGUGGGGGAAGGAGGAGGAGGAGGAAAAUCUGGGGAGGCUGGGAAUGCAGAAGGGCCAUGAGCUGCGUCUGGUUCUGGUACUCGGAAUAAAUCCCUUGGCUCUGAA